CAAACGCCUCCUAAAUUGUAGGGUUUUAUAAACCCUCACUCACCCUCAAAAAUCAGCAACUGUCACAAAACCAAACUCACCAUUGCCCAAGAACAAUGGACACUCAAACCUCUCAAUCACUUCCACCACCCGAACAGCCCGAUUCCAAGAAACCCAAACUCUCCGCCACCACCACCACCACCAACUCCGACGACGAUGACCGAACAACCACCACAACCACCGCCGAAAAAAAACCCAGAUACAAAAGAAGAAAAGUAGCCAUCUUGUUUGCAUACUGUGGUGUAGGUUAUCAAGGUAUGCAAAAAAACCCAGGUGCCAAAACCAUCGAAGGCGACCUGGAAGAAGCCCUUUACUUCUCCGGUGCGGUACCCGAAUCCGACAGGGGCUGCCCGCAGCGUUUUGACUUUGCCCGUUCUGCCCGAACCGAUAAGGGUGUUAGUGCUGUUGGCCAAGUGGUUUCUGGUAAGUUUUAUGUUGACCCACCUGGUUUUAUUGAGCGUUUGAAUAAUAAUUUGCCUGAUCAGUUUCGUAUUUUCGGGUUUAAACGUGUUACGGCUAGUUUUAGUGCUAAGAAGUUUUGUGAUAGACGGAGAUAUGUUUAUUUGUUGCCCGUUUUCGCGCUUGAUCCUAAUAGUCAUAGGGAUAGGGAAAGUGUGUUGGCUAGUUUAGGGUCUGAUAAUGAGCUUGUUAAGUGUUUAGAGUGUUCCGAAAGAGGUCGGAAAGUUGAUGUCAAUGUUCAGUCAGGCAUUUCGUCGAAUGCCUUACCUGAUGCUAAGCAGGGGAAUUUAUCGGUUUUAGAGAAUGUUGUGGUUGUCGAGUCUAAAUCGUCAUUGGGAACAAUAUCAACAUCUGUAUUGGAAACUCAUUCAGGCGUUUCGUCGAACACGUCGUGUGCAUUGUCGGAAAAUACGACGUCUUUAGAUAAUGUUGUUGUCGAUGGAGAAAAUGUUGUAAAAGAAAAUGUGUUUCGAUAUGGUGAUAAAGAGAAAGAGAGGUUUAAUAAGAUCCUUAAACAAUAUGAAGGGACUCAUAAUUUUCAUAAUUUUACGACAAGGACAAAGGCCGGUGAUCCGUCUGCUAACCGUUACAUUAUCUCGUUUCAUGCUAACACUACUGUUACGGUUGACGGGAUAGAGUUUGUUAAAUGUGAAGUUGUUGGGCAGAGUUUUAUGCUUCAUCAGAUUAGGAAGAUGAUUGGUGUUGCUGUUGCAAUUAUGAGGAAUUGUGCUCCGGAAUCGUUGAUGGAAAAAGCUCUACAACAGGAUGUUAGGAUCAAUGUGCCUACCGCGCCUGAAGUCGGGUUAUAUUUGGACGAAUGCUUUUUUUCUUCAUAUAACCAAAAAUGGAAAGACACUCAUGAAGAAGUGUCAAUGAAAGCCUAUGCAGAGGAAGCCGAAGAAUUCAAGUUGAAACAUAUUUAUUCACACAUUGCAUCAACCGAGCACAAGGAAGGGUCUGUUGCUGUUUGGCUGCAUUCUUUGAACUACCGAAAUUAUCCAGAUUUAGGCCCAGAAGAGAAUGAGGAAGGAAAUGAAGUACUGAGGGGUCAAGCCGAAGUGACAACUGGGUGAGUCACCUCACUUCUUGAUGCAUGGGAAUGUUCUCUUAAUCUUUAAAGCAUUGGAUCGUUUAUUAUAUACACUUGGCUUCCAUUUGAAACACUACAGACUCUGUGUGGCUUUCGGAUAUAGGAUUUGUUAAAUUUAAUCCUAUUUUUUAAUCACUUUUAUUCCUAUAAUUAAAUGGUGGCUGUUGUGCGCCAA